CUGGGGUGAAAGACUAAACAUCAACCUCUCAGAAACCGGCAAAAUGUCCGCUUCUUUAGCGCCGGAGUGCAAUGAAGUCAAGGAGUGAGUGGGAAUAGUUCUGGGCACAUCAGAAUGAGAUGAGACUGAUGAUUUAUGACAGACGUUAUGAUUCUUGUUUUCUGAAGUGGUACAGCGAUCGUGGGUAAUCACAUCCCUGCGUAUGCUCACAACUGACUUGGACAGAGUAUCUGAGAGGAAAAGCCACAACCGAUCCAUGUGCAGAUCUUUUCAAAGACUACAAAAAAUGCUUGACCGUUAGUCGAGCCUUGAAACCUGUUUAUACUUUGCAUAAUCUAAUGUGAAUCCUAUUAGGGCGCUUUAAAAGAGAGAGGCAUUGACAAAAUGCUCGAGGAAGCUCGGGAAGAUCAUAAAGAGAGCGAUGCUGUCAAUAUGAGAAGAAAAUGUAAGGGCGUUCUUUAUAUAUCAAGUUAA